UGACAAGUGGGCAUAAGGAUCUUGGAAUUGAAAACCCCAGCCAUAAAGCUCUGGACAGUAUACGCAGAAAAAAACCCCAAGAAUUCCCCAUCAAGAAAAGGCUGCCGUCCAACAAGCGCCUCAUACACGGUCCAAAAUGGCCCCUCAAGGAGUUGUCGUCCGUCACGCAGUCCGUGAAGACGUGCCCGUCAUCCUGCAAUUGAUCCAAGAGCUCGCCGACUACGAAAAGGAAUCCGACGCCGUCGAAGCCACGCACGAAUCGCUCCUCAACACCCUCGCGUUCGCGCCGUCCGGGCUCGUCUCCCCGCAGAACACCACGCAGUCCGAGGGCGACAGCACGUCUGCCUCGCGGCCGGCCCGCGCGCUUCUCAUCUUCACCCCGUCGGGUCGGCCGGCGGGUCUGGCGCUGUAUUUCUAUAAUUAUAGUACGUGGCGGGCGAGGCCGGGCAUCUACUUGGAGGAUCUGUUUGUAAGGGAGGCGGAACGGGGCAAUGGAUAUGGGCAGAGGUUACUGGGGGAGUUGGCUAAGGAGGUGCUGCAGAUGAAUGGGGGAAGGCUGGAAUGGAGUGUCCUGAAGUGGAAUACGCCCAGCAUUCAGUUUUAUGAGAGGAUUGGCGCGAAGGCUAUGACUGAGUGGCAGACUAUGAGGGUUGAUGGAGAAGGGCUGCGGGAAUUGGCAAAGAGGGCCAAUUAG